UUCGACACCUCGCAUUUCGCCCCCCCUAUCUAGUGUCAUCACAAUCAGUGCAACAAAACUCUACCUUCCGGCCCGUAAAACAUUGUUCUCGACAUCCGCCAGGGACGGCUAUUCGUGAUUUUCAUUCCCUUUCUCAUUACCUCCUCGAGCCAAACAAACCUGCCAUUCACAAUUUCACACGUCCCAGUAUCCAACAUGGCUAGUCUCGCCGUUCCCCAACAUGCAUACCUCACUUCCGAGCUCUGGAUCGUUGAAUCUAAACCAAUGAGAAAGACACGCAUCUCAUGUGGUAAAUAUAUCGAACGCCAGGUCGUUCGUGCAUGGAAGCGCGUUACUGGUGUUACUCGGAAACAUCAGCGUGCUUCUUUCCUUCCCAAGGAUUUCAUCCUUGUCACUUCUCACCGCCGCAGCGUGAGGUUGGCUUGAUUAGUUCCGAGAGGAGGCAGCUGUGUUGUCACAACUAUUCACAGGCGGCGCACACAUGGACAGCAGAGAGAUCGGGCUUCUGAAUCGCACACAUUCAUUUUUCUAUCUGGGACAUUAUAUCAUUAUUUGACGU